AUGAUCCCAGACGGCGGUUACAAUAGCACUGGGCCAAACCACCCACCUCUUGGUCAGGCUCUGGGCUGCAUGAUUUCAAUUGCUGGGCCCCAGCAAAUGUCGGAGUCGGACAAACCAUACACCCCCUUCCACCCCGGGACCCUUUUGCGAAAUGUGCGCAACCACGUGGUACCGAGUCAGCUCCUGUAUGCUGUCCUGGCAAUGGCGGCCCCGUUACUGGUCACCGACGAGUGA